AUGUUUUAUACCAGAGAGAACAUGGGCAAAUCGACCCUCUCAGCUGGCAUGGCGGAGCUACUUGGGGGUAAGCCUACGAUGAAGUGGACCUUACAAAAGUUUAAGGAGAUCCCGAUAGAGGAGAGGGAGAACGGGGAGCGUAUACGGCAAUGGGUCCAUGAUAAUAGGAAUGCGGUCAAAGUGGCUCAUGGGGUGUGUGAGGUUAACGGUGGUUGA